AUGUCAUGGAAGGCCAGCGCUCCGGGCGUGGAGGUCCCAUGCGAGAGCAAUCUGGCGGCGAUGGCGAAGCUGCGAGGGGCCUCCGCGGAGGAAGCGGCCAGGCUGUUGCAAGCCAUGGCCCGGGUGGAGGCGCAAGUGGACCAUUUCCACUGCGGGCUGAUCAUCGGCAAGGGCUCCUGGCAGCUGGCCCUUCGGGUGCUGAAGAUGAUGCGCGGUAUGUCUGUCCGCGCGGCGGCGUCAACCUUCAACGCGGCUAUGACCGCCUGCGAGAAGCAGAGCCUCUGGCAGCGGGGGUCGUGGUUGCUGCUUCUGGCGCGGCAGCGGGCUGUGGCGCCAGACACGGUGAGCUACAACAUCCGGCUGCGCCGAUCGUGGCCCGGCUGCCUCGCAUCCUUGUCCGAGAUGCGGCAGCUGCUUCUCCAGCCGGAUGAGUUUACCUCGUCUUCCCUGCUGGCGGCUCACAAGGCAGGUGCGGGUCACGGGCCCGGUGCAGAGCGCCGGCCUCCGCGCCGCCGGCGCCUGGCGCCGCGCCGCGCGGUCGGCGCCUCCGCGGCGUCCUUGGCGCCGCGCAGCGGUGGGGCGGCGGCUCGGGUCCUGGCGCUGGCGGCCUCCGACGGCGCCUGGCGCUUCGCCCUGCGGGUCCUCUCGGCGAUGCGCCGGGCGCGGGCGCAGGUCAACGAGGUGUGCCUCACGGCGGCGGCAGCGGCCUUCGAGGAUCCAUCGGAUUGGCGCCGGGCAGUGUUGGCCCUCGCGCCCCUGCCGGCCAUGCGCGUGGCUGCGGAGUGGGUCAGCUGCCAGGCCCUGUGCGGCCACUGGCGGCUGAGCCUCCAGCUGGCCGGCUCUGGGGUGCUCGGCGUGGCGGCGAUCUCCAAAGCGCGCGGAUGGCAGCUCUCCUUGCAGUCGCUGGGCGGCUCGGCGGCGUGGAACGCGGCCAUGUUUGCCACCAGCUGGCAGCUGGGCCUCGUGCUACUGGGCAAUGCCAUUUGCCACAGCGUAGCGGACCAGACAAGCUUCAACACUGCCGCCUCUGCUCUCAAAGAGUUGAACUGGCAAGGAAGCAUGGCGUUGCUCCAUCGAGCUGUCGUGUACCGGCUGCAGUUGGAGGAGGUGGGCUGGAACAUUGCGAUGGAUGCCGCCGGCGGCGGCGGCGGGUGGCAGAGGCCGCUGCAGCUGCUGAGCACAAUGGCCUGCAGGGCGCUGCGCCCGUCAGAGGCAUCUCUGGGCUGCUGCCUUGGCGGCCUCUGGCAGAUCAGCGGCCAGCUCCUGCGAAGCGGAGGGGACCUGCUGAGUUGGAACUUGGCGCUGGGCCAAUCCCCGUGGCUUCGGGCCCUGGACCAGCUGGGUGCCAUGAGCACUCAGCGCCUGCAGGCGCCAGAGCCGCCCUAA